AUGGAGGCACGGAUUCUAUCACGGAUUACUUUACCACCUACAGAGUUGUAGAAGAUAUAAGAGAGAGAUCCAACAGACAAUAAUCCUGCUACAGCAAAGAAGUCUUAUUAUGCAAGCUUUAUGGCUGACUUAUGUUGUUAAACGGUGAGUGUUUAUUCGCGAUUCAAAAAGCGCUCUAACUCAUUAGAAUUAGGGAAUUUGUAUUUUCUAAUAACUUCAUCUGAGUAGUCUUCCAAUUUAAGUCCUGUAUAGCUGAUAUUCAUUUUAUAUUUACUUAAUUUACUUUUAUUUUUUACUAAUUCCUUGCUUUUUGCUUUUUCUCUUUGA